AUGUCGGAAGACCUGUCUUUCGAGCUUCCAGAUGGCCGCAAUCUCAGCUACACCACCUUUGGGGCGCCCAUCUCCCCAAACCAGUCAGUCAUAUUCUACUUCCACGGGUUUCCCGGCACACACAGCGAGGGUCUAUCUGUCCAUGAAGCGGCUUCAAAGCGCGGUGUCGUCGUAGUUGGUGUCACCAGGCCCGGCUUUGGUGACUCGACGGCACUGCCCGGCCGCGCACUGUCUGCAUUCCCCCCCGAUGUCCUGCAUCUCGCCGAUCACCUGGGCGUACAGAAGUUCGCCGUCCUGGGCAUCUCCGGCGGCGGACCAUACGCGCUGGCCUCUCUGCGCCACUUGCCCACCGAGCGGCUACGCUCCGUGGCCGUCGUGUCCGGCAUGUGGCCCACGGCUCUAGGCACGGCGGGCAUGAUGCCGCAGAUGCGCGUCAUGUAUACCCUCGCGAACUGGGUGCCUGGACUUGUCAACUGGAUGGUCGGCAUGGAGCUCAACGCCGCGGCCCAGGACGCCGAGCACCCGGAGAAGUUUGAGGAGCUGAUGGCCAAAGGCUUUCAGCGAUGGCCGGCCGAGGACCAGGAGGUCAUCUUUGAGGAGGACGGUAAGCUUUUCAAGAUUUUGACGCGAAGUUCGCGAGAGGCCAUCAAGCACGGCACUGGCGGAUUUGGUACCGAGGCGCAAGUCUUUGGCAGGCCUUGGGAUUUUCAGCUUGAAGAUCUACCAAUCGAUGGUAGGCUGGAAGUGUGGCAUGGCGCCAAGGAUCGCAAUGUUCCCAUUAACAUGGCUGAUCACGCAGUCGAGUUGAUGCCCGGGGUUGGGUACCACAGAUUUGAAGAGGAGGCUCAUCUGACUUUGUCCAUGAAGCACUUGGAUGAGAUCCUAGACUCAUUGCUCAGCAAGUUGGAGAAUUGA